CGAGGAGGAAGAGGAUCCUUCAUCAAACUCGGGAUCAGAAGCCGAGGCGGAAUCUGAGGAGGAAUCCAAUGCUGAAUCCGGUGCCGAAUCCAAUGCCGAAGAGCAGGUCUCUUCCCCUUCGAAUCCUGAUACUUCACCCGCUGAUGCCUCCUCAUCCUCCUCCUCGUCAAACGAGGAAAAUGCUGAAAGUGAGGGUGAUAAUGAGGAGGAUAGUGAUAAUGCGGAUGAUGGUGAAGCUGAAGCUGAUGAUGAAGGUGAUGAGGCUGAAGUUGAAGCCUUUUCUUCUUCAUCUUCUUCCGCCUCCUCUCCGCCUACUUACUCGCUGCCUGGUCCCUCAACACCCGCCAGUGGUUCAAACAGCGAGCAAGAAGAGACCGAGGCGGUCUUCUUCAAGAAGAGCAGCCGCCACAACAAGAGCUACAAACACAGUCGAGGCAGUGACAGCAGCAGCAAAAAGCGAAAGAAGAGGAAGAAGGCCAGGCGACGAUUACCAUCAUCAUCAUCCUCGGAAAAUGAUUCAGAGCCAGCCGAAGUAGAGGAGGAAAAAGAAGUGGAGGUGGAAGCG